GCAGCAACCGGACUGAGAAUGGAGGAAGACAUCUGCACUUAUGUCACAUAACACAAGACUGAGUUAGCGGCAUUGGGAACAGACGUGGUGGGCUCUGCAUGUUGCAUGUUACCGGCGAUCACUGAGCUAUUAGGAUAUCCUUCUGCCUCAAUGGCUCUCUUUAAAAACAACUCAUCAUUGUUAAGUAACAGACGUUCAGGUGGUUUAGUGUCGGUCUGAUUAUAUCAUCUGGGGAGAGUUAUACCUGAGGAUAACUCGCCGGAGUUUAUUCGAAACGGAAUCGAUGCAAUUGGUUCAGUCUAAAUUUAACCGGAUUUGUUAUUUGUCGGAUGUGUGACACAGAUUGUCACUUAUCGCUAAUAAACUACGAUGGAGGUCGGGGCCGACAAUUCAAAGAUGCCAUCUGAUGAGAGAGAUUAUGCUCUGAGACCCUCAGAUUUCAAAGCGAUCGCAGAGAGGAGUGCGGAAGCAGAGGCGCAGAGACCCACAUGGAGUGGGCGGCUGGAUUUCAUCCUGGCAUCGGUGGGCUACGCGGUGGGACUGGGCAAUGUCUGGAGGUUUCCCUACCUAGGUGCCUUCAUGAUCCCUUAUCUCACCAUGGUGAUCCUGUGUGGCAUUCCCCUGCUCUACAUGGAGUUUGCUAUUGGGCAGUACUCUCGUUUAGGGCCCGUGCAUGCUUUCGCCAAAAUCUGUCCCUUGUUUAAAGGUGUUGGUCUGGCCACAGUUGUUAUCUCCUUCGUGUUCUCCACGUACUACAAUGUGCUCAUGAGUUGGGCACUUUUCUACCUGUUCAACUCAUUCAAGGCGGUCCUCCCCUGGACGUCCUGCAACAACACCUGGAAUGCCGUCGGAAACUGUUCGAGCGGUUUCCCCGGCAACAACACACACCUCCAGUCAGCCAGCCAACAGUUCUUUGAUCACAGGCUUCUGGAGAAAACCAGUGGCAUUGAAGAAGCCGGUGGCCUUCGCUGGGAACUCUUUGGUUAUCUCUUCAUUUCCUGGGUCAUCGUGUAUUUAUGCAUAUUCAAAGGAGUCAAAUCUACUGGCAAGGUUGUGUAUUUCACCGCUGUGUUUCCGUACUUCAUCCUGUUUGCCCUGCUCAUUAAUAAUGUGCAGCUGCCUGGAGCCAAGAAUGGUAUCCUCUACUUUGUGACGCCUGUCUGGAGCAAACUGUUUGAAGUGAAGGUUUGGGUUAAUGCAGCUGCCCAGGUGUUUAACUCCAUUGGAAUAGCAUUUGGCUCCAUGGUUUCGAUGGCUAGUUACAACAAGUUCAACAACAACAUCCUCAGGGAUGUUUUAAUUGUAUCAUUUACCAACUCAUUCACAAGCAUCCUGGCUGGCUUUGUGAUCUUCUCGGCUAUUGGCUACAUGGCUCAUGUACACAACCUCCCAGUGGACAACAUAGCUACAGAUGGUCCUGGUUUGGUGUUUGUUGUGUACCCUGAAGUCCUCUCCACAAUGCCCGUCUUUCAGCUGUGGGCCCCUCUGUUCUUCUUUAUGCUGCUGUGUCUGGGCCUGGACAGCCAGUUUGCUACAGUGGAGGUCGCCAUAACGUUCAUAAAAGAUGAGUUCGGCCCCACAGUUCUGCGCUUCCUGAAGAGAGAGGAGCUGCUGACUCUGGCAGUGUGCAUGGUUUGCUUUAUCCUCGGGCUUCCUCAUGUUACAAAGGGAGGUAUCUAUGUGUUUCAGCUGAUGGAUCACUACACCGCUGUGGUUUCUCUUGUGUUUUUGGCUUUUUUUGAAGUUGUAGCUGUCUGCUGGAUCUUUGGUGUCCCAAGAAUCUCUUUAAUGAUUGAGAGGAUGCAAGGAAAAACCCCUAACAUCUACUUUCGUCUCUGUUGGCUGCUGCUCUGUCCUGUGUUGGUGCUGGUUAUACUGAUCUCCAGCAUUGCCCAGUACACUCCAGCUCACUAUGGGAAGUACAAAUAUCCAUUAUGGGCUGAAUGGCUGGGCUGGGGCGUCUCACUGGUCUCCAUAGUAUGGAUCCCACUUGGAGCAAUUCAAGAGAUUUAUAACAACAAAGGCUCAUUUCUUCAGAGACUUAAAACAGCAAUGACCUCCACAAUAGACCUGGAUGCUGAGGAUUCCCUGCCAGAGAAACAAAACCUAAACCCAGCGUCUGAAACCUUGAUCACUUCAGUGGCAUGACCAGGAAUAUAGCCAAAGCCAUGUCUAGUAAUCGUUACAAACCAAACCUUGUCAUACGGUGUUGAAUAAGGGUGCUGUUUUUGUGAUGUAGAACUGUAUUUAUAGUCUUUACGUCUGUAUCAUUGAUUAUAAUUCUAUCAUAUUUGCUCUACCAUAGGAUGGACUGGAGUGCCGUAUCUUAAACCUACAUGUAUAGUACUUUAAAAAAGUAAUCACAUGAAAACACCCUUCACUUUGUGCAAAGUGUGUAAUGAAAAUCUGAGAUUUUGUCCUCCAACUAAAGGUCAAUUAAUUUAAUUUAAUAUAAUUUAGGUAAGAGUGUCCUGUCUUUACUAUGCAGGUGCCAAUCCCAACCAAAGAUUUCUAAUGAUUCCCCCAUUUUGGUUGAUUAAUCAGUGAAAAUGUCUGGUGUAUGCAGUGACGUUUUCUCUUGCAAUGUGUGAUAGACGUCAGUGAGUUUGUGUGGUGUAAGAGUUUAUUACUCAUCUAUGGCAGAGGCAAUCGGGAGCUUAUUAACUUUUUUGUUUAAUACAUCUGUAGACUAAAUCCUUUUAAUCAAACACUUCACAGAAACCUCUAAAUGCUGCAGGAACAUGCAGUCCUAUUUGUCCACAACCAGUGUUAUCUUUGUGGGCCAACCCAUAAUGCAUUGUGCCGUUUUUUAACAUUCGCUAAUGUUCACUUCCCUCAUGUACAAUAGUGAGUUAGUGAGUGAUGCGAUGAGGGCAGCAAGUUAAUGUUAUACCCAAGUGUCCUGAACUGAAAAAAUGAACGUAAAUCAGCGCUUGGAGUUUUUGACCUUUACAGGCUGAAGAAUGAGUUUAUAUUAUUUCGUAGUAAUGCAUUUGACUUUUUUUUGGAGCAGGCAACUCAGUUUUAGAGAUUAUAAGAGGUGCUUUUGAUCUACGUCUUUGAAGUGGAAUUUGGCUAAUUAAGGCAGAUAAUCUGCGGGAGGGCAACAUUUAUCUGGUAAUCUGGAAACUCUCCAUUCAGAAUCCCAUAUUCUAUUGACCCAAAACCUGCAGUUAAUCACUGACUGUUUUAUCUUGCGCUUCUUAACCGAAAAGGAGGCCAAAAAGUUUACCAUGGUGGAAACAUAAUUUAUUUUACUCAAGCUUUAACUUUGAGAUUGUACUGUAGUGUUAAGUGAUGUUUUAAUGGUUGACCUCUCUGAGAGCAGGAGGAGUUAGUUUGAACCAGAUCCUGUAAAGUCUAAAUGCUAUCUAACACAGGGUGAAAAGGGCUCAGACAGUGUUGGAACUGUAAGCUUUGAGUUAAUAUGUUGUGUAGACAAUCUACCUCAACUGGAAACGACCAGAGGACAUAUGUGUAAACGGGGAAAGUCACACUUUUAUACACUCAGAUUGUCUAAAAUGUGCCCUACUAAAAGUGCAUUAUUGGCCUGGUACCUUAUUAAACUAACCCUUAUUUAGGAGUGCCUUUUAUCUUAAGUACUGACACAUAGCACGCACAAUAAACACUGAAACUGAAUAUGAUUUUAAAAUGAUGCAAGAAACAAUUAAUUAAGAUAUUUCUCAACAAUUAUAUCACUCCAGUUGUGUAUUUGUUUUCAUAACCUGUAGGUUGAGGAACAUAAUUAAUCUUUGUCCUUUUUUCUGUAUCAAUGUUACCUGCCUCAAGUGCCUUUCAUGUUCUUUUUUUUUAAAUUUUUUAGAUAAUCUAUGUUUAAUUAGACAACCAAAACAUUUAUUUAAGAUAUUUCAUACUGUAUAUGUUGUUGUAAGCUACAUUAUUUUACUUUGUCAUGAAUUGUAUCAGAUGUACCAGGACGAUUUAAAACACAAUAGGUCCCUGUUUACCCUUUUUAGUAUUUGCUGUUUUAAUAUGAACUCAAAUACAAAUUGUAAUGGGCCAUUAAUUAAAUUACUUUUUGCUUAGAAAUGUACGAAGUCUGGGUUAUUUGAAUAACAGGAGCUGGGAAACCGUGUACCAUGACGUGCUGACAUAUCAACCUGCUUGCUGAUUUCGCUGAUUAGUUUCAGUUUAUCCUCUCAGCCUUAUUGAUCAGUGACGUCAGCUGCUGCAGUUUGCGGAGUCUUUGCUGUAUGAAACAAGACUACCCCUCCCUCAUCUCAAAUAUCCUCUUAAAAUAUCACAAGCACAUUUAAAAUCUGAAUGCUGUUUCAUGCUAUUCCACUGUCGGUGUUCUCACAUUUACACUGUAACAGUGAGCAUCCGACUUUAUACAAAAGAACUAAAUUUGUAGAGUGAGACAGUUUUUUCUUUUAUUUCAACACUAAAAACGUGUCUUUUCAUGUUUCAUGUUUGUGUUUCAAGAUUCAACAAAUCUCUUUACCAAAUUUAUUGUUGAUUUUUCAUAUCAAUGUAUGUUUCUUACUAUUUUUAUCAUUUUUCUACUGUGUUGGGAUUUGUAGUGUCUAACAUUUUGUUAAAUAAAAAGCCUUCAUUUUUGC